AUGCCACCCGGAGGAAGCACGAGGGCUGGGAUACUGCCAGGUUGCCCAAGCCUAGACAGGGGAAGUCGAGUGCCAAAUGUCGGGUUCGAACCACGGACCUUCCGGUCGAUAAAUUCGUGCUCUAACCAUUUGGGCUAUCUCGCCCCUAGUAAGGCAACCCGACUGAUGACAUCACACGAGCGUCGAUGUGGCAUAACAGUGUUGUUGGCUGUAACAUGGUUGUGUAUGGGCUGGGAUACUGCCAGGGCAUCCAGGUCUAGACGGAAAGGUGACCAGGGUUCUUGUCCAAAGCCUGUGACUCAAAAGCCUGACCGAAAAGUAGCUAACAGUGCACUACAAUUUUUAAAGAGCACAACGCAUGUCUUAACCGCCAACUUGGAGGACCAAGAUACCGUGUUGGUCAGACCUCCAACCAUUGAUCAACCUGGUAUGAGGGGCUCUGAGUGUCGUACGAACACUUCUCAGUAUAGCUCAUGGGCCACAGAGGCAAACAAGCCAUCACACCAUGGUGAGGCCCAGUCUCUUCGUGAGGGAGUUUCCAUCAAACGUGCUUUCAACUUGAACUCGCAAAUUAAAUUGUCCACACGUUCGGCCAACCAGAGCUCCCCUUCAUGCUGGACCGGCAAGCAAUCUGAUCUUCUGGCCGAUCGCACGCAGCUCAUGCUUCUUGGCCGUAGCAGCGCCUGA